UGAUGCAGAGGUUGCAGACUUGCAGUGUUGCAGAUGGUGCACUUCUUGUCAGUGCUCACUGCUCAGUUGUGUUUAUAAUCAUGUUUCCUGUUCGCGUUUAAUGUUCAUAAUAUUUUAUUUCCGUGAUGGCUGUUCAGAAACGUUCAAACUAAAUAAUCUUUUUAAUUUUUAAAAUUGACAAUGUAUUUUUAUACCUUCUCAAAAAUUAAUAUUAAUUUUGACAUUCAGUUAAUCUUGGCAUCUGCUGUUCUGUAGCAGACUCGAUAGGUCUUUGUCAACAGCAAUAACAUAAACUGUACAAUAUUGGAGCUAAUUUUUAAAAAAAGAUACGCUGAUCUGUGAUAUUUAAUAAAAUGAAUAGAAGAAGAACACCCAAUAAUUUUACAUAUGUUAGUUCGUGUGUAAAGUAUAUGAUAUUUUUGUUGAACUUUGCAUUUUGGCUGUUCGGUGGUGUGUUGAUCGGCAUCGGAACGUAUGCGUUCCUGGACAAGUGGCGCGAUGGCACGGGUCAGGUGGACUGGCAUGGACUCAUCAAGCUGGAGACCAUCUACGACAUCGUGCUCAACAUAUCGCUUAUCCUCAUCAUUGCCGGCGGAGUCGUGUUCAUCGUCAGCUUUGCUGGAUGUGUCGGUGCGCUGCGCGAGAACACCUGUCUACUCAAAUUUUACUCGCUGUUUCUACUGAUCUUCUUCCUGCUGGAAAUGGCGGUGGCCAUAAUGGGCUUUGUGUUUCCACACACGAUGCAAUCGAUGCUGGAAGAGUCGUUCACCGACAAAAUAAUUCACACGUAUCGCGACGACGCCGAUCUUCAGAAUCUUAUCGACUUUGCGCAGAGAGAGUUUCAUUGCUGUGGCCUGAGUUCAGAGGGCUACAUGGACUGGUCGAAGAACGAGUAUUUCAACUGCAGCUCACCCAGCGUUGAGCAGUGCGGUGUGCCCUUUUCCUGCUGUAUCAAUGACACUGACAUCACUAGUGGUCUUGUAAAUUUCAUGUGCGGCCACAAAGUUCAGCAGCUUUCAGUUGCCGAAGCGAGCAAAAAGGUGUGGACGAGUGGCUGCAUAGAGGUGAUUAGGAGCUGGGCUCUGCGCAACCUCUACACCAUCGCCGCCGUCGCCUUGGCUGUAGCACUAGUUCAGUUGUUCGUGAUCUAUUUGGGGAAGACGCUGGAGGGGCAGAUCGAGCUGCAGAAGGCACGCUGGACGUCCUGAAACAUAGUCGCCUACCGUCAUGGACCGUGGAUGGUAGGCGCCUGGGUGCAACUCCACAACCACAGUCGAACCCUCUCAACCACACCCCUCCACCUUAUCAACCCCAACGAGUCCCGAUUCAUGAUCUACUAGGAAAGCUCUCAUUACUGUCCCAUGCAAAUUUAUGUAUCUUGUAAACGAGUAUCUAGACUUCUGAAUCCCGUUUUAGGUCAGCCGUUCCCGUUAGGUAAACCAACUGUGAAGGUAUUCUUCUCCAGUACAUGUGAUGGUAAGAGCUGACUUGCUCACAAUAUUAGGAAAUAGGAGUUAUCGCAUUGAUUUAGAUAAUGUUCUUGCUUUGUUAGUUGUUGACAUAAAAUAAAAAAGACGAAAACUUCUUCCGGAAUAAUCUUAACCAAAUUAAAGAUUUUUUUUUCAUUAUUGGACACUAAUGUACGAUGAAUUUAGAAUAGUAAAAUGAAGCCGGAAAAAAUUGACUGACUAAAAAUUUAAUACUCAUCUUUUUCAUCGAAAUCCAUCGUGAAACUGAAGUAAAUAACGUUUUUUCGGUGUGAAUCAUGGCCAAUCUAUAGUGUAACUAAAGAAAUAUAGUGAACUAUAGAUCGGCCAUGUGUGAAUACGUACAUGUAACAUAUUAUACAUGAUACUGGUACCAUGGUACUGUGUUCCAUAUUAGGCGUUUCUCCAGUGUGCACCGUGCCUAAAUCUUCUGACUGACUUUUCGUGUGUUUUUGCCACUGAGUUCAAAUAGUCGAAAUAUUCGUACGAAACGUUUUAUUAUUUUAGCUCAUUGAUUCCUGCUUUUGAUAAAUAACAAAUAAAUCAUAUCAUCUUGAACUAAAAAGCGGUGCUUGACUGCUCCUAUUCAUUAUUUAACAGUUGAAAAUUCGCUAAAGCUAUCCUCACACCGAUACAGGUUUGCUGGAAUGCUGGAUUCACUCGUCUGCUUAGGUACAAAUAUUGAAUUGUCCGGCACUUGGCCUGCACAGUUAUAAAUCAUAUCAUCUUGAACUAAAAGGCAGUGCUUGACUGCUCCUAUUCAUUAUUUAACAGUUGAAAAUUCGCUAAAGCUAUCCUCACACCGAUACAGGUUUGCUGGAAUGCUGGAUUCACUCGUCUGCUUAGGUACAAAUAUUCAAUUGUUCGCCACUUGGCCUGCACAGUUACAACGGAGUGGCUGGCACAUACUCUCUGGUGAACCCUAACGUCAAUGGUUGACCUAUCAAUCUUCAUAUUCCCAUUAGAAUCGUGUGAUAAUGUAGAUUAGGCCAUGCUCCACCGUUACGGUUCGCCGGACAUUUUCGAAUGUACAGUUGAAAAGCAAAACGUUGGUGACAGUCACUUCCAACAAAACUCUUGUUCAAGCUUUUUCUUGUCAUCUGUUACAGAAGACUGUUUGUCUGCCGGUCGAUAAUGUCCGAACGAACGUUAAUGCGUUAGUACGCUUAAGCGUACAAUUCAGACAACAAUUUAAAAGAAAAAUCUCCAAAAUGUUCUACUAAAUUAUUUUUUUAAUAGGAAGAAUUAUCACUUCUCUAUUUAUUCUUAUGUAUACGGCAUUCACUUACAAAACAUUUCAGGUAGGUUAGAACGUUGUAAAACUUAUAAACUCUAUAUUACCGCCAUAAAUAAAUUAUUAUUGUCAGUUUGCUGAUUAAAUGAUUCCCUAUAUUAGAAGAGAUUUCUGAUUUAAUGAUUCCCUGUAUUCGAAGAGAUUGCUGAAUUUUUGGAUUUGCAUGUAAUGAAACCUAUCUAAACCAGUUGCUUGCAAAUGUCGCAGUUGUGCUGAUUGUGCGUCGUACACACUUGCCGAUCAUUCAACGGCUUAUUUAUUAUGAAAUACAUGCUUCUCUUGUGUGCACACAUACUGUCAGCUGUUGACGUUAUCCUGAAGCAUGACCCAAAUCACGUUUCAGCGCAUUAUUACAGAAGUUUGUUACAAAAAAUCGGAAAAAGUUUAGAAGAAUUCGAUAAUCAAGAUAUAUGGCAAUGACCUUUGUUAAUUUUAGCCUUUUUAAGUCUAUUGAAUUACCUGAAAAUUUUUAAUCCAAGUGUCAUACUUGUAAAUUUUUAAUACUAGAAAUCUUAAAAUAUCAUCGUAUAUUAAAAUCAUAAUAUAUUAUUCUAUGUUGAAACAAUAAUGGAAAUUGUACCUAAAACUUGAACGUCAUGAAAAAUAUUUUUGUAAAUUGAAUAAUACUGUGCGAAAUUGGACAAAUUUCAUCUCCUGUUUCAUACGUUGGGAUUUAAAUAUUAUUUUCUAUUAAAUUAACUUCAUCCCACCAAUUUCGCAAAUGAAGACAAUAUUGUAUUCUUACAUAAUCGUAAUCCAAUAUUUCAUUGAUAAUCCUCUGUAAGUCAUUAGUAACGUAUUAAAUGUAUACCGUAUAUUCAUUUUAUUUAUUGAUGCAGCCUAUCUGGCUUUGCUGGUGUUGGUAAAGAAACUUUUCAAGUGAUUUUUUGAACGCUCUUCUAUCGUUUUUCAACUUCAUUUCCAAAUUCUGAAAUUCAAGUAUUGAUUUUUUUCAAAUCAAUCUUGAAUACGUUUUAUUCAGGUCAUGUUCUAUGAAAACAAAGUUUUGUUUCUACUUGCAAAUCGAAAUGAAAUGAAAAUACUUUAUUGCUGAAUUAUUAUUAUUAUUAUAAAACCAAUGAAAUCCGACUAAGUUACCUGAUAACAUUUUUUAUAGUUAUGUUUACUGAUAGUUUCAUCCCAAGUUGUAAGGUUGUCAAUGAUAACCAUUAGGAGAUAGAUCGUAAAUGCUCGUAGUCUAAAUGGCUAUUUCGAUGCUCUUCCUGGAAUUUUUCUUUCAAAACGUAUCGUGAUAUUUCAACUUAUUUCUAAUUAAAUUAAAUAUCCCAGUUUCACAACACUCAUAAUAUAGUACGGUACGCUAAGCAAUAUCAUCUUAGAAUGUUUUAAUUCUUCUGAAAAUAUUUCUGAUCUAAUAAGGACAAAUUUGUUGCAUUUAAUAAUUUUAUUGCGCUCACAACAAACUCCCAAAUUAAUGGUUCGACUGUGUGUAGGCUAUUGUAGGAUAUUGUACCAUAAUUAUAAUAAGUUAUUAAAAAUUAAUUAUUGCUAUACUGUACUACAUAAAUUGAGGCAUAACGAUUUAGAUGUCAAUAAAAUUAUUCGAUCACGUUGUUGAUCUAGAAACUUCAUUUUAGGCACUGUUUUGGAAUGAAUUUUUACCCUGCUAAGCAGAAAAAUGAUGAAAUCUCAUUUGCUCUUAAGGAAGAGUUCACACAUUUGCCGUCUACCAAUGUUUGAGUACUUCCUUAAGAACCAAAUUGUUUUUGGCUACUCAGCAGAGCAGAAAUUCAUUGGAAAGCAGAACUUUGUAAGCCAAAGUUGACGGGCCCAAUUUAUGAUUAUUUAUAUUGUUAUGAUAUUAUUAGGCUUGAUUAUUUUUCGAUCAGCAAUAAGAGAAUAGUUCCUGUGAUAUUUUUCUCUAGCCAUACUUGUUAUAGAGAAACAUUAUUGAACUAUUUUUAAUUUAAUGUACUUUAGUUUUAUGCUUGUUUAGUAAUUUAUGCUUUCUUUUAGACAAAUGUUCAUAGUUGAAGGAUUGUUCUUGUUUCUGAAAAAUUUUGAGUGAUAUUGCAUUUCCAAUUAUGUCUCGUUAUAUUUUCGAGUUUUGAAUAAUGACUAGUAGGAAUGACUCAUUCUUAUAAUCAAUAAAAUCAUAGGGUCUUGAGAAGUCAAAGAGGGUCUAACAAUUGACUUGAAUUCAUAAUUUGCUUCAAGAAUGUUUGUUACUAAAUGUAUGAAUGUUUGUUGCUAAAUGUUUUUAGCAUAUCUUGUCGACAUUUAGUAAUGCUAUUCUAAUUUUUUUCAACAACAUUGAAACAAAGUGUUAAGUUUAAUUAACUCGACAUUUUUGUUUUAUGCUUCAUUGAAUUUUUUUGAUGACAAGAGAUACAAGAUCUUCUUUGAGCUCUCAUUUGGUCGUAAUUUAUUCUGUUUUUCCCAAAACAACAGAACUAUUGAUAACUUCAAGUAAUUUAAACAGACAAAAAAUUGUAAAACCAACUAUGACCACAUGCCGAUUGCUUGCUACAAAAAUAAUAUUAAUUUGUUAACAAUUCUCAACGCACAAUUAAAACCAUUAUUUAACUAAUUUUUUGUAUAUAUUUUCGAUCGAUUUUAAAGCAAGAACUAAAUAAAUGAUUAAUCUCCACUCGCCAUACAGAAUUGAACAAUACUUUGAGUAUGAACAUCAUCAUCGUUCAUCACAUUUUUUAUAAUUUUUUCUUGUUAAGGAUGAUUUUCUUGGGUUUGGAGGAAAAGAUCCAAUCUUGUCAUUAAUUUACAAAUAUUUGAUCUAUUCUCUAUCGUGUACACUUAUUAAUAUUAUUAUUAUCUACUUGUUAACAUAGGGAUCUAGUCUACCCACGAUAGAUAAUUGAAACUUUAUGUUUGUUCAGAUAUGUAUUAGUUUUGGUUUUAUGCUUCUGAACGAAAACAUUCCUCUUAAAAUGUUUCAAGCGAUCAAGUAUAGUACGAGGGUAUGAUGUGUAAAUGAAGAGGAAAGCAGUUUUAUAUCAAUUUUAAUUUCUUAUAACUAUUCUUCAAGUCAAUAUUGUCAUUCUAAUCGAUAUAUGUACUCCUCAUACAUUCCUUUGCUUUGAAUUUAAGCGCUUAUACCUGUAUGUUGCAUUUUUUUCUAUAAUCACAUAAUUUUAUAAUCUCAAUUUUAUUUACUACCUUCUUUAUUAUUGUUCUGGUUGAAUUCACUGACUUGUAUUCUGAAAAACCUGUUAGGAACUAGUGUGAAAUAUUAUAUUAUCCAUGUAAGCAAAUAAAUGUAGAAGUUUUAUAUUCAAAA